AUGUCAGAGUUUCAUUUCCUCAGAGGCUGUGUGAGGGGAAGGAGAAGCAGCAGAGGUGUCACAAGGAGCACAUUGUCCCCUGCCACGGAGGGAACCAGCCCUGCCUGCUGGAGCCAGCCCGGUGGGAAGGCAUCCAAGGGGAGCUGGAAUGAGGAGAACCACUCCAACUGGAGCCAGUGUGACCACUGGCACUGGAGCAAAGUCCCUGUCACGCUGCUGCUGCUGUGCCUGUGUGGAAUGGUGGGGAACGGGGCUGUGCUCUGGCUCCUCGGCUUCUGCAGCCGCAGGAACCCCAUCACCAUCUGUGUCCCCCUGGCCAUGGCUGACUUCACCUUCCUGCUCUCCAUCCCCAUCGCCCUGGGGGUAUUUUCUGUCCCUGAGAGCUUCUGCCACCAGCUGGGCCGUGACAGGGCUGUGACAGCUGGGCUGAACGUCACCAUGCUCUUGGCUUUCCCUGUGGGUAUCUACUCUCUGACAGCCUUCAGUGCUGUGACAGCUCUGUGUGUCCUCCCCGUGUCCUGCUGGCCCUGCCACUGCUCCCAGUGCUUCCCAGUGCUCGUGUGUGCCCUGCUCUGGCUCCUCCCCUUCCUGCUCACUGUCACCUUCUAUUUCCACCCUUUGGCACUCAUGGCCUUGGCCCUGAGCUACCUCUUCUCAGUGCUCCCCCUGACCUGUUCUGGUCUCACCCUGCUGGCCAGGCUCCUGUGCUGCUCAUGGAAACAGCCCCCACGGCAGCUCUGUGCCCUGCUCCUGCUGCCUGUCAUCUCCUUGUCCUUCUUCACCGCUCAUUUUGGGUACUGGCUCUUGCUGAGGGUGUUUGACUUCUCUGUCUUUGCCCUCAGCUCUUCUCUCCUGCUCACCUGUGCCAACAGCAGUGCCCACCCUCUGAUUUACUUCCAGGCUGGGAGCUGUGCAAAG